ACUAGUUUUCCACUCUGCUUUGUGGAUAAUUGAUAAGAAUAAUCUUGCCUUUAUUUAACCAUGGAUGAUAUUGAUAUAAAAUUUCAUAAACCACUUGAUUCUAAUAUAAAUGAACAUAAUUAUAAAAUAUAAAAAUCAUAAGUUAUGAAUAGUUAUUGAUCAAAGGUUUUAAAAUGAGUUUAAAACAGGGACUUUCAAGUGAUAUCCUGAUAACUCAAGUUAACAAGAAUACAAAUAAGCUAAACUUGUAUUCUCUGUAAAAAUGGCGACUGGUGGUGAACAUGUACUUUCAUCGGAUCAAAUUUACGAUUUUGCCUGCUCAUCAUGUGAAGAAGACAAUGUUAAUACAGAGGCUCAGUUUUCUUGCAAGGAAUGUGAAAACUACCUCUGCAACAAGUGCAUAAAACUGCACAAUAAACUCUUCAAGAAGCAUGACCUGCUUGGACGCUCUGAUGUCGCAAAGUGGGUGGGGAAAAAGUGUGAAACCAGUCUGGAAAAGUGUGAAAAACACCCGGAGGAGAGUGUGAAGAUGGUGUGUGAGGACCAUGAUGAGCUUUGCUGCUCUCUCUGUGUUUCCCUUUCUCACAGAAUGUGUCGCAGCAUUAGACUCAUUGAUGAUUUAGCAAAAGGAGUCAAAAAUACAGACCAAUUAAAAGACCUGACACAAAGGGUUAAAGCAAUUAACACAGAAACACGAAACACGAAAACAGAAACAAACAGUACCACUGCAAGAAAAUGCGACGAUCCAAACUAUGCGUUCACAACCAAAGCGACACACAUCCACAAUUUGAGGACAAAAGAUGAGAAAGCAUGCUGUAUUAAAGGUAUUUGUGAGCUACAGACAGGGGAAAUAGUGCUGGCCGACUGUGCCAAUGAUAAAAUGAAAGUUUUAAACAGGGAGUUUAAAAUAGUCACUACUCUUAAUCUUCCACAACACACUGAAAAUAUGUGCCUUGUAGGUGGAAAUGAAGUUGCACUGGCAGUAGAUGAUGCUAAAAAGAAACAUGAAGUUCAUUUUAUAACAAUUGACAAAUAUAACGAUUUUGACACAAGAUAUAUCAGCAAGUUUACAGUGGCACACUACUGCAAUGCUGUAAGCUUUCGCAACGACUAUGUGUAUGUUGGUUCAGAAUCGUCUGUUUACUUGUAUAGCAAAAAAGGGGAAUUUAUCAAAAUAGUCUAUCAGGCAUUAGGGCUUGCAAACACAUUGAACGGAAUCCACGCUAGCAACGAUGGACAAAGAGUUUACCUAACUGACUCAACAAACCAUAAGGUGAUAACCAUUAAUAAUCAUGGAACAAAAUUAGCAACUUGCCAGGAUCAAGAACUAAUAUUUCCUGUCAGUUUAUGUGUAAGUGAACAUGGGCAUGUGUUCGCCUGUGCACUUAAGUCCAACUCUGUACUGCAAAUUGACACAGAAGGAAACAGAAAGUUAAGAACAUUAGUCAGUGGCAAUAAAAUCCACAAUCCACUUGUGGUGUGGUUUUCCACAAGGUCACAGCAGCUCAUGGUAGCUGGUAUAACAAAUGAUUUACUUGUAGCUGACCUGAUAUAACUUAAAGUUACUUGCAGCUGACCUGAUUAACUUAAAGUUACUUGCAGCUCACCUGAUUAACUUAAGGUUACUUGAAGCUGACCUCAUAUAAAUCUAAGUUACUUGAAGCUGACCUGAUUAACUUAAAGUUACUUGCAGGUGACCUGAUUAACUUAAGGUUACUUGAAGCUGACCUCAUAUAACUCUAAGUUACUUGAAGCUGACCUGAUUAACUUAAAGUUACUUGCAGCUGACCUGAUUAACUUAAAGUUACUUGCAGCUCACCUGAUUAACUUAAGGUUACUUGAAGCUGACCUCAUAUAACUCUAAGUUACUUGAAGCUGACCUGAUUAACUUAAAGUUACUUGCAGCUCACCUGAUUAACUUAAGGUUACUUGAAGCUGACCUCAUAUAACUCUAAGUUACUUGAAGCUGACCUGAUAUAACUUAAGGUUACUUAAAGCUGAUCUGAUAAAACUGUAAGCUAGUUGAAACUGAUCUAAAAUAUGUUUACAUUAAUUGAAGCUUACUUGAUAUAACUUUAGGUUACUUGAGGAUGACAUGAUAUAAUUUAAGGUUACUUGAGGAUGACCUGAUAUAACUUUAGGUUUCUUGAGGAUAACCUGAUAUAACUUUAAGUUACUUAAGGAUGACCUAAUAUAACUUUAGGUUACUUGACGAUGACCUGGUAUAACUUUAGGUUACUUGACGAUGACCUGAUAUAACUUUAAGUUAAUUGAGCAUGACCUGAUCUUACUUAAGGUAAUUAAACCUUAAGUUUGAAGAUGCAACAUUCUUCCUAAGUGUUUUGUUUUCUUUGUCCUUUGUAAGCAUUGAAUGGUCAUAUGACUUAAUUUGGUGAAUAGCAUACAUAUAGCCACUGUCAAGAGCAGUGAUGACAAAAUUGUAUUAACCAUUGCUGUUAGUUAACAGUCUCAAACAAACCAAGACUGCAUUUUCUUCCUUUGGGUCCCAUUUCUAAACUUUUCAAAAAAAAGGUUUAAAAAUAUCUGGGGGGAAUGUAAGGGGUUGUCUCUUAAGGGGAAAAGCUCUAUUCAUAAAACCGUGAAACAGACAGAACUUACUUUAUGGCGCGAAAGACUUAUUAGUGACAGGGAUUUUUUACUAUUCAAAAAUCUCCAUAAACAAAUUAAGCCAUGUGUUGUGUGGCAGUCCGCAAAUAAUCGCUCGGACUUAAAACUUGCGCAUUUUAUUGCUAACUUGUGGCUAGACAAGCCCUCUUUACUGCACUCCGUCUGCUUAAUUUGCAAACGCGUGUUCUUUAACAAAACCGAGCAUAUCGUGUUUGCUUGUCCGUGUACAGCAGCUGUACGUGAUAGUUUUUAUUGUGAUAUAAACAUGGUAUUUGGUCAACAUGUCGGAUCCGACUUAGCUAAAAAAGACUUGACAAUUUUCAGAGAUUUUGUUUUAGGGAGCAAGUACAUACAAAAUGAAGACUUUAAUCAAUUGCUGUUAUGCAAGCUCAGUUUUCGUUAUGUACAAGAUGCGUUCAAUGUAUACAAUACUUUCGAUAGUGUUUAAAUUAUACUGAAACAGUGGCAUUUGUGCAUAUAUUGCGUAAGAUGAUUAUGUCUAUAUUGUAUGAUCAUACAAUUGCUGUUAGUUUGUCAUAAAUAUUGUGUUUGACUUGAACCCAUUGUAUACAUGUAUGUAUUACUCUCAUGCUACUUCUUGCAUGAAAUAACUUUUUCUACUGACAUAUUUAAACAUGCUUAUAUAUAUUACAUUGUGUUCUAAUCUCCCACGCGGAGGAUAUAUUGAAAUAAAUGAAUGAAUGAACAUUUGCUUAUGUAAAGGUAUUUGUAUUCAUGCAUAUUCGGGCCAUCUUAUGUACGCCAAAAUAUCGUCAGAAUAUGAAUUUCAGUUUAGGUUAUAUUUUACAGUUAUUACAACAUUAUAUUGAUCACUCUUGUUUGCACGAUGCUAUGCAAGAGUUUGGUCUUGUUUUGUGGAGGAAACCGGAGUACCUGAAAACCCACUUGUCCAGCUUGGUGACCACAAACCAACUCACAUGCGCCCAGACAUUGGAAUCAAAUCCGGGUCGCCUAGUUGAGAAGUGAGUGUGCAAACAACUGCGCUUACCGGACAACCAAUUUCAAUUUAAAAAAUAUUUAGUGAGUGUCACAAAUCAAACUAUAAGUUCUGAUUACAAGAUAUAUAAACUUUGCCUAAACUGACCUACAAAGCACUUGUAGGUUUUGAUAUAAAUAUUAUAACUAAUCAAAAAUAUUAAUUUGAAAGCGGCUAUCAUAAGAUAAGUGCAUUGAUAAGAUGGCCCUAUUUUGUACAUAUUAAUUAACAUACAUGAUAAUAUUCAAAUAUAUUGAUGAUAAUUGUUUUGUUUUAGUGUAUGAUAGUAAUAAAUUUCACCUAGUGAGCACGAAAAGCUAUAAUUCAUGAGUGAAAUAUACUAUUUUUGUGUUGUCGAGGUGAGAUAUAUUGUGAUCUUACACUGAAACAAGCAAUUUUUUUUAUUAUAUGCCUUAAAGGAAUUUAAAAGGACAGUUUAUUGUAGUCUUUCAGAAAAUCGUGUCAAAUUGUAUGCAAACACAACGUCAUUUUAGAAAUUACAUCGUUAAAAUUGCGUCACAGCCCUCUGCGUAUUGACUUUGAUUUAAAAGUGAGAGCAGGCGAAAAUUUCAAUACAGUGAAAAAUAUCAAGUAUAUAUCAUUUAUAUUUCUCUGAUAAACCUCUUUAAACCACCAGAAAGCAUAUAAUAAAAUUGUCAAUUUAACUAUGCAGAAGAAAGUAUGUUUUUGCAAAUGGUAUCCUGAAUUGUGUAUCUUGUAUGCUUUAUAUAAAUGUAUAAAAGUUGUUUUUUUAUAAAUAAAUAUAC